AUGAGUGGAACCGGUGUCACCCGCAUCGGCCAAUAUGUGCUUGGGAGCACCAUUGGCAAGGGCAGCUUUGGCAAAGUCAAACGUGCCGAGCAUGCCAUCACAGGUCACGUCGUGGCCAUCAAAAUCAUCAACCGCGACAAAGUUAAGAGCCAGGACAUGCUUGACAAGAUUAAGCGCGAAAUCCAAAUCCUCAAGCUCUUCCGCCAUCCCCACAUUAUCCGCCUCUAUCAAGUGGUCACAUCGCCCAGCGACAUUUUCAUGAUUAUGGAGCAUGUUUCGGGAGGCGAACUGUUCAACUACAUCCUGCGCCGCCGCUUGCUGCCCGAAGAUGAAGCUCGGCGCUUCUUCCAACAGAUCAUUUCCGGUGUUGACUAUUGUCACCGCCACAUGGUCGUGCACCGCGAUCUCAAGCCAGAAAACCUCUUGCUCGAUGAGAACCUCAAUGUCAAGAUUGCUGACUUUGGUCUUUCCAAUGUGAUGACUGACGGCGAAUUCCUGCGCACAUCAUGUGGUAGCCCCAACUAUGCAUCACCACAGGUCAUCUCCGGCCUGCUCUAUGCCGGUCCAGAAGUGGAUGUCUGGAGCUGUGGUGUCAUUCUUUAUGUCUUGAUCUGUGGCAAGCUGCCUUUUGAUGAUGAUCACCUACCGACUCUUUUUCGCAAAAUCCGCAAGGGCGUCUUUCAAAUUCCCUCCCACAUGUCCGAAGGGGCCCGUGAUCUUGUCACUCAGAUGCUCAAUGUUGAUCCCAUCAAGCGCAUUACCAUCGACAAGAUCCGCGAGCACCCCUGGUUCCUCAUCGAUUUACCGCCCAAGCUCUUCGAGCAUUGCAACAUUGAUGAGUCGAGCUUUGACAAGGGUAUCGUCGAGGAAAUUUGCAAGCGCUUUCGCGUCUAUGAGGACCACGUGUUGGACGCCCUCCACAGCAAUGACCCCAGCAAUCAGCUUGUCAUUGCUUAUAAACUCAUUGCCGACAACAAUCGCCGCCACGCCCCCGCCAUUGUGGUUAACCAUCUCACCAUGCCUUGUGCAGACCCUUCGCACCCAAUUAUGGUCCGCGAGCGUAAAAAAAGCCUUAUCGUCCCCAUGCCGUCUGGCCACGCCUGGGCUGGUCGCAAAAUUGUCAAACGAUCGCGGUGGCAUCUCGGCAUGCGUUCACGCAAUCGACCUGCCGAGAUCAUGGGUGAAGUCUAUCGCUCGCUUGAAGCGCUCAACUUGCAAUGGAAGGUCAUCACACCGUACCACUUGCGUUGCCGUUGCUGGAACCAAGUCAGCGGAACCAUGAUGAAGAUGAGCUUGCAACUUUUCCAAUCUGACGAUCAGCAAUAUUUGCUGGAUUUCAAUAACCUGGCGACGAGCGAGCAAGACCGCCUUCAUGCAUUGGAUGAAGAUGUACCGCAGACUGAUACAGUUGGCUUUCAUACGCUCGAGUUCUUUGAGUUGUGCGCCAUGGUCAUUGCCGAGCUAGGCCGAUAGCGCACGUGACGGCUGGUCCGUCGCGCCAUCCAUGCUCUUUGAUCGAAGCUGAAUAAUUGCAACCCUUUGUCGCGCAUUCGUGGUCCUUUUUUUUUUUUUUAAUUUUUUUUUGUUUGUUUGUUUUUUUUGUUCUAUUCCUUGUGACGUGUUUUGGUACCGCCGUAGGGCCCCGAUCUGCGCGCGCACGAGGCUCCUCAAAGCCUCGCGUCACUCAUCCUUCGUAGUGUUUGGUUUUGUUUUUACAAUCCAACGUUUUCUCUCUCC